AUGAGAAGGAAAGGAGGCAAGGUCCUGACGGCGCUGGCCGCGGCGGCGUUCGGGUUCGUCGUCGGCAUUUCUUUUCCGGUGGUGAUCACACCCAAGCUUCAGUAUGGUGGCAUGAUGCCAUGGUCGAGUAGCGGUGCUGCAAACUCCAGCAUCCUUGACAUGAGCAUACUGGGCAGACUACUAUGGGUGCCAUCCAGUCCAAAUCUCACGAUUUCAGCGUUUGCAGAGGUUGCAACAGCAAGAAACCCUGAAGAAGGAACGGAGAGGCGGCUGCCGCCGAGGAUCGUGGUUUCGGAGACUGAUCUUCACCUGCGCCGGCUAUGGAGAUCCCCAACACAGGACAGUGCGACUCGCAAAUACCGUCUUGCUCUCGCCGUGGGGUAUGACGAGAAAGCCAAUGUCAAUGCAAAUAUUCAGAAGUUCUCUGACAACUUCGACAUCGUGUUGUUCCACUACGAUGGCCGCACCACAGAGUGGGAUGAAGAGUUUGAGUGGUCCAAGGAGGUCGCGCAUGUCAGCGCAAGGAAGCAGACAAAAUGGUGGUUUGCCAAGAGGUUCCUGCACCCGAGCAUCGUGGCGCCAUACGACUACAUCUUCCUAUGGGAUGAGGACCUCGGUGUCGAGAAUUUUACCGCGGAAGCGUACCUCGACAUCGUGAGAAAGCACGGGCUUGAGAUCUCGCAGCCAGGGCUAGACGCGGCCAAUGGGACGACCAAUUAUGAUGUCACUAUCAAGAGAAACGACAGCGAGAUUCACAAGACAGAUGCAGCAGGGGAACGUUGCUGGGACGUGCACAAGCCGCCAUGCAACGGGUUCGUCGAGGUGAUGGCACCGGUCUUCUCAAAGGAUGCUUGGAGAUGCGUGUGGCAUAUGGUCCAGAAUGACUUUGUGCAUGCAUGGGGUCUUGACUCCAAUUUCUGGAGAUGCGUCCAUGACCCUGAAGAGCAGAUUGGUGUCGUAGAUGCGCAAUACUUAGUCCAUCAUGCGGUUCCCACACUCCAAGGCCAGGGUGAGAAAGAAAAGGAAGGAGGCCGUUCCAAGGUAAGAGCGCGUCAAUUUGAGGAGAUGCACGCCUUCCGCUCCAGAGUCUCCGACGCAGACGACGAACUCGCCAAUAGAACAUCAUCAAUACAGAACUAG